AUGUCCGCCCCCCUGGACGUGGAGAAGGAGGACAAGCUACCAGUGACAGACCCGAAAACUGUUUCAAAUCCACUGGGCCAAGGCAACUAUGUAAAGACUGCCGGGUGUAUCAUCAUUGGAGAUGAGGUGCUGAAUGGGAAGACGAAGGACACCAAUAGCAACUUUUUCGCACAAUACUGCUUUGACCUUGGCAUUGAGCUAAAGCGGAUCGAGGUUAUCGCCGAUGAUGAAGACGAGAUAGUGGAAGCCGCUCGUCGUAUGACUAAGAACUACGACUUUGUAGUGACCUCUGGAGGUAUCGGUCCCACUCAUGAUGAUAUCACCUACCCUUCUCUUGCCAAAGCAUUCGAUCUUCCUCUGGAGUACGACUCCGAAACCAAGAGACGAAUGUGGGAAUUGUCUUCUGCGUCAAGAAGGGAAGAAUUGGCUAAAGCCACACCAGCUCAAGUAGAAGCUAGGAAUAGGAUGGCCCUUUUCCCCACUGCGAAAGGAGGACACGGAGGGAAUGGUCAAGGUGGAGCGAGGAGUGAAGUCUUGUUUGUCAACUCGGACAAAUGGGUUCCCGUGGUUCGCUUAGCUGGCAAAUUAUGUAUCUUCCCUGGGAUACCGAGCUUAUUUCAACAACUCCUUCUUGGUCUCACUCCAUACAUACCCUUACCCCCUGCAUCGGCUAAACCUUUCCGUCAUCUGAUAUACACUAGCAAACCCGAAUCCAUUAUCGCACCUUUUCUCACCGAGCUACAAGUGAGAGUCAAGAAAGAGGGUAUCAGAGUGGGAUCGUAUCCUUUCUUACAGCGGGGUGUACAUGUCAGUUUGAUCGGACAUGAUGUGGAAAGGGUCAGAGAGCUAGGGCAGGAGGUUGUAAAAGAGUUGGAAGGGAAGGUGGUUUCGGAAGGACAGUUGGGAUCUGAGGGGUCAAAGAUGUAGCUAGGUGUGUGUAUACUCUCAGGCUGAUCAGGCUUCUGCUGUUGUAUACCCUGACUUGAG